AUGAGGUUGGAGAAAUGCUGGUUCUGUUCCUCCACCGUGUAUCCUGGACAUGGGAUUCAGUUCGUUCGUAAUGAUGCAAAGGUAGGAACUACUCUGUCCAUAUCCAAAUGCCACAAGAACUUUAAAAUGAAGAGGAAUCCUCGCAAGGUAAAAUGGACUAAGGCCUAUAGGCGGUUGCGUGGGAAGGAUAUGACACAGGACUCGACCUUUGAGUUUGAGAGAAAGCGAAAUAGGCCUGAGAGAUAUGACAGGAAUCUUACAGCAAACACUCUGAAGGCCAUUAAGAAGAUCGAUAAAGUUAGAGUCGAUAGGGAGGCCAGACACCAUGAGAAGAGGAUGAAGGGCAAGAAGGCCAAGGAGCACAGGGAGGCAGCAAAAGAGUUGGAACAGAGCAUCAGCUUGGUCAAAGCUCCAAGUGUGCUACAACAAGAUCCAUCGUUCAACUUACCGAUCAAGGUCAAGGUUUCUCAACAGCAGCCCGACAAAAGCCUCGCCAUGAUGGAGGAGUAA